UCUUGAUCCGCUCAACAGCUCGAGUCUUCACCCUCCCUUUUCCUUUCCACUGGCCAGGUGGUUUUGCCAGGUAAAGCACCCAAAAAACCAAUGACAAACAACGACGUCGUAAGACAGAUUUCAGUCCUCAAACGGCGCCGUCGUACUCUCUGUUUCUGAAUAUUUAAAUAUUUUAGCGUCGGAUUCACGUAGACACUUCUCUCUCUCUCUCUCUCUCUGCCUUUUCUUCCCCAAAGCAAAACAGCACUCAUGAUCACCCUACUAUGAAACUGAUCCAACUCUGAAUUCUCUCUCUCUCUAAUUCCUCCCUCUAACCUAGGAUCCCGACUUUCUCAAAACCAUUCACCGUCACCACCACCACCGUCACCGGUGCCGGCCUUAGCCCAAGAGGCCGCUUAGCCAGUGUGAAUAUUAAGAUCGCCAACUAUUUUUAGUACCCGACAUAUAAGAUCAAAAAGGACUUGGAACCCAUGUUUUGAAAGCUCGUCUUUUGACACCGAAAUGUCAGGGCCGGUCCUGACCGCGUCCACCUCCACUUCCGCCACCAUUUGAACAUUUCCGCCACCAUUUGAACGUGUUACUUCUUCAUCAAAACGUAGUAAUAACAUCCACAAUAUGGUGCUAGUAAUGUAUUUGCACUUUUAGUUCAUUUUAUUGUUUUUAGUGUCGUCUUAUCUGAAAAAAAACCAUGGGCUGCGCCAACUCGAAGAUCGAGAACGAAGAAACCGUCUUGCGAUGCAAGGAACGGAAGCAGUUAAUGAAGGAAGCCGUGACGGCGCGGAACGCCUUCGCGGCGGCGCACUCCGCCUACACCAUGUCGUUGAAAAACACCGGCGCCGCCUUGAGCGACUACGCCCACGGCGAAAUCUCCUCCUCCUCCGCGGCCGCCGCCGCCGCCUCCACCCUCCCUUCCGCCGCCGUCUCCCACCCUCACUACGACACCACCCUCCCUCCUCCUCCCCCUCCCCUCCCCAACUUCCCUCUGCAGCGCGCCGCGUCGAUGCCGGAGAUCAAAUCCGUGCACAAAGCCACGUCGAAUCUGUCCGAGACCGUGAUAGAGGAAGGAGAGGAAGGAGAAAUUGAGGACGAGACGGAGAACGGAUUGAGACACAGAUCGACUCGCAGUAGCGGUGGAGGGAUUGGUGGCGGCGUUUUUGCGACGACGUUGCCGCCGCGGAAUGCGACGACAAGUGAUUGGACGCCGCCGCCUCCGCCGCAGGAGGAUUCGAAAGGCGUGCUGGAUUUGGAUUAUAUCUUUCUGCCCAUGGAGAAUAUGGCUGGACCUAGUUUGGCCGAGGUUGAUCAUGAAGGUAGGAGCGAGAGGGAGGAGAUUGAAAGGAACAUGAGGGAAAGGUCUAGAAGAGCUGAUCGUGUUGAUGGCAACUCUGGUGGAGCAAGGAGGAGUAUGAGAGCUGAGGGGACAGAGAAAUUGGCUGAGCGACCACCUCAGCCUCCGCCUCCCACAAGGGCCCCGAAGAAAGUGAAGCAGGCAGCUCCCGGGGAGGGUAAGAGAGGAGGGAAGGGUGCCGCAAGCAUUAAUAUGUUGCAAAUUUUUAAUGACCUCGACGAUUGUUUUCUAAAGGCGUCGGAGAGCGCUAAUGAUGUUUCAAAGAUGCUUGAAGCGAAUCGUUUGCAUUACCAUUCCAACUUUGCUGAUAAUCGAGGACACAUUGAUCAUUCUGCAAGGGUCCUGCGGGUCAUUACUUGGAAUAAGUCUUUCAGAGGUUUACCUAAUACGGACGAUGGAUUGGACGACUUUGAUUCAGAAGAGAAUGAAACACAUGCAACAGUGCUGGACAAGAUGCUAGCAUGGGAGAAAAAGCUUUAUGAUGAAGUGAAGACCGGGGAGCAAAUGAAGAUUGAAUAUCAGAGAAAAGUUGCUUCGCUGAAUAAGCUAAAGAAGCACGGUGCUAGAAUUGAGUCAAUAGAGAAAGCAAAAGCAACAGUAAGUCACCUGCAUACAAGAUACAUUGUCGACAUGCAAUCCAUGGAUUCUACUGUGUCAGAAAUAAAUCGUUUACGAGAUGAGCAAUUGUAUCCAAAACUUGUUGCACUUGUUGAUGGGAUGGCUGAAAUGUGGGAACACAUGAAAGUGCAGCAUGAGAACCAGAAGAAAAUCUCGACAGCAUUGAAGUCCCUCGACAUCUCGCAGUCAGCCAAAGAAACAACUGAGCACCACCAUGAACGGACAGUCCAGCUGUUGGUGAUUGUGCAGGAGUGGCAUUCACAAUUACACAAGCUCAUGACCCAUCAAAAGACCUACAUAAAAGCUCUCAACAACUGGUUGAGACUCAACCUCAUUCCAGUCGAUACAAACCUAAAGGAGAAAGUCUCAUCCCCUGGGAGGACUCAAAGUCCCCCAAUUCAAGCCCUCCUCUGUUUAUGGCAUGAUCAGCUGGAAAAACUCCCUGAUGAGCUGGCAAUAACGGGUAUAACUAGUUUUGGAGCUGUUAUGAAUACAAUAGUGCAGAUUCAAGUGGAUGAGAUGAAGUUGAGGGACAAAUGUGAGCAAACUCAAAAGGAGCUUAAUCGCAAAACACGACAAUUUGAUGACUGGUAUAAAAAGUACAUGCAAAAGAGAACACCACCCGAUGAGGUGGACCCGGAUAGGUCAGAGGAUAAGGAUCUUGUCGCAGAGAGGAAGUUGGCGGUUGACACAGUGAAGCAGAAGUUGGAAGACGAGGAAGAAGAGUACCAGAGGCAGCGUGUUCAUGUUAGGGAAAAAUCUUUGACUGCUCUAAGAACUCAACUGCCUGAGCUUUUCCGGGUACUUUCCGAAUUCUCUAGUUCUUGUUUCAAAAUGUACACUCAGCUGCGGUCCAUUACACGCCCUAAGAAGCCGAAUCAGAGCUCCCAAUAAAUUUUGGAUUGUCUGGACAUAAUUUGCAUAUGUUGUAUAACGUGAAAGGAGUUAUGUUGAUGGAUUUAGUGGUUGACUUUUUUUGAUACUUACAUUGAAUACUUGUGUUGAUGGAUUGAUGAACUCAUGGGUCUACAACCACACAAUGUUCUCUUAAUUUUUUUGUUUUCCAUUUUGGGACAAAAGAUAAGAAAUUUUACUG